AUGUCGUUGCGUCGAUGUCUAGUACCCGGGGGAGAAGGGGAGGAUCGGUACUCCUCGUCCUACACGUCGUCGAAGUCUUCGUCGGCCAGCAGCAUGCCGAGCAACGCGGUACAUGUGCGGCAGCGUGAAGACCGUCCUUUCGUGGGCACGAAUCCCGGGGCUGCUUCUGCCUACAACCCCGGGACUGCCUACAACCCCGGGGCUGCCUAUAACCCUCCAGCGGGUUCCUACAAUCCGGGGGGUUCGGCCUACAACCCUGGGGCGUAUAAUCCUGGGUCUUACAACCCAGGGACUGGGGGCUACACGAGUGCGGUACCACCGUACGCGGGUGGCGAUCAGUACACAACGUCCUCCGGAAGUAGUUCGAGUUACUCUUCGUCUGAGGCGCAGUUGGACACGGCGAACAUUUUGGAGGAGUACGAGCAGAAGGCGUUGGACAAGGUGAGUGCGCCGCCGAACGCGAGCUUGUUGUAUGAGCCGAAGCGUCCGUUUACGCCGUUUGUGAGUGUGGGCCCGAUUAUUGGGAUGGUAUCUGAGACGAUUGCGCGAGUGUUGAUCGAGACGUCAGCGGACGUGGAGGUAAAGUGUUUCCUGACAGACGCACAUGGCGUCCAGCAUGGGGUGAGCCAGGUGUGCGAGAAGAACACACCUGCGGUCUUCGUCUUCGAGGAACUGCGAGCCGGCACGAAGUACCGCGUGUCCUUCAACAUACCCGUGCCCGGGGUGGUGAGUUCCGCCCUUACCACACUGCCGCCUAACUGGGGCAGUGCUACCGCUCCUGCUCGGAUCGCUGCGGUGUCCAACCAUGACCUACGGGCCAUCGCUGGCACGGCUGCGGGCAGCGGCAAAGAUGUGUGGCGCACGCUUUACAAGGACCACAAGGCGGGCACGGCCAAGGCGGGGAAAGGAGGUUGUUGCACACGUCCCCGGGGGACCGUUGAAGACGGCGUCGGUUCCACCCAGGGCUCCGUUUCUGGCUCGGCUUACAACGCGAUGGGCGCGGGUUCGAGUCGCGGCAAUGACGGUUACGGCGCCGCGAAUUCUACUACUCUAGGCGAUUCAGUCGCCGGCAAGUUCGAUUAUCUACUGUUGCUGGGCAACCUUGUGUACGUAGACAGCUCGGACUACGUGGAGACCAAGGAGGGGCGUCUGCCGACGGAGGAGAAUGAUGCCGCGUUUUUGGACGGGCUUGAGUUGGUGGAGGAUCUGAGUCCUUCUCAGUUCGGAGACGUCGAGGACAAGGUGCUGGAGAUGUUCCGGAAUGUUUAUCGCGAUACACUUACUCAUCCCACACUGCGUCACGUCUUAGCCAAUGUGCCCUGUCUUUCGCUCCCAGGUGACAUGGAACUUGGUUUGUGCAUGGACGACGAUGCGGACAAGCCGCGCAAUUUCGUGCACGCGUGUGCAUACAAAGUUUAUAACGAAUAUUUCCGCGCAUUGUUUGAAGAGGUCGGAGACGGGCAAGGUGGCGAAAUCAUGAUCGGACAGGCGUAUCAUUUCCAUGCAUUCGGGGAUGUUGGAUUCAUGCUUCUUGAUUGCAAGGCACAACCCCUCUUCCACAGGUCUAGCAAGCAUGUGCAUGAAACACCAUUCCUUGGUUACCGCCAAUGGGCUGACAUAGACUAUGCACUCUCCGAAAGCGGCUACCUAUCCUUAUGUCGCACUAUUGUCGUCGCUAGUGUCACACCCAUCGUACUGGCACCGGAAAGCGUCUGGCUGACCGGAUCCGUCGAACGCCAGAUGGAACUCCUUGCCACAUGGGCAUGCGCAGAUGGCGUGGAUGAAGCCAGUCUCCUACUCAGCAAACUCAACGACUGGAAACACAGAAAAGAUUCCCGUGAGGUCGUGCUCAUGUGCGGCAACCCUGUCAACGGAGGAGUCACCAUCAUCACUGACUCUCGAUAUGCAGGCAACCGUGGCACCCUUAAACAAAUCACAGCCGGUCCUAUCGCUGUCAAACAACACAAGGGAGUAAGCAAACUGCAGGGCUCACUGACCAAUAACGCCGUGGGUGUGUACCACAAGUUCCACCACAGCCAGUUGUGCAACAAGAACUCGUAUGGUACGCUGCAACUGGUCAUCGACAAGGAUCUGGGCACUCAGGUGACUGCUCGUGUGGUGGCCGCAUAG